UGUUACAUAUUUUCAAAUGAUGGUAUCGUGUCCUCUGAUAGAUUUUUACAUCCAGUUAUAUAGCAGAUUCAACUAUUCUCUCGAGAAUAAUGGUCGAUAAUACCUCACACUUGUGGGAAGUAUAUUUUUUUCUCGGUUAUUCAUUUGUCAAGUUAUUCGAACUGAAAUGGUGCACGACGGUGUAAUUUGUGUUCAUUGCAUUUGCUCGAAAUGCUUCACCGCGUUAAUGUUACGUUAAGCGUUUUUGUUACAGAAAAGACGUUUCCAUGAAAUCCACUCGACGGUUCCAAGUGUUGGCCGAAGAUAUGCCAGCUGUUUUAUCAUCCGUGUGUGCGACAGAACCAAUUGUGCUCAUUUGCACAUGUUAACUUGAAAGGUCGAUCGGGAGGGGGGGUGCUGACUACAAACCGCCUCUUCAAAUGAUGAUAGAAGCUGCCGAGGAUUCAGGCAUCGUUCCUCCCUGCAGACAAACCGGAGACCAAACAUGCAUGCGGGAUUCAUCGCUUUAUUAACAGCCGCGCUUUUGGCCCCGGACAGCGUCUUCUGUUACCCCAGCAGCGCCCCUUCAUUCAUCCGCCCGUUCACCGACUGCAUUCAGAGCCGUGGGAAAGGCGGCUUCUACCGGGGAGCCAUGGACGUCACCGAGUCCGGCGCCCGGUGCAUGAACUGGACCGAAGUGGACGGCUUCACGGAACGCCACCCGGGCAAGGGAAUAGGGGAGCACAGCCGGUGUCGCAACCCGGACGGCAGGAUUCGACCCUGGUGCUUCUUCAGGAACCACAAAGGACGAGUGGACUGGGGAUACUGCGACUGUAAACAAGGCUCUGUGCGUCUGCAAGGGGGCCGCUCCAAGCUUGAUGGCAGGGUGGAGGUCUACCUGGGAGGAGCGUGGGGGUCCGUCUGUAGCGAUGACUGGGGGGACGUAGACGCGGCAGUGGUUUGCAGACAGCUGGGCAAGGGGAUCUCCGGUCGUGCACGCGAAGUUCCCCUGUUUCGUCCAAGCAUGGUCAAACUCCAUUGGAGGGCGGUCCAUUGCCAGGGAGAGGAGGCAGACCUGCUCCAGUGCCCUAAGACGACGUGGAAUGGAGGGGAAUGUCCUCUGGUCGCUGCCAUCGCUUGCAUGCAAACACAAGCAGUAGUGGCGCUCCCUAUACGGCUGGUGGGAGGGCAUUCACAGUCGGAGGGCACAGUGGAGGUGUUCCAUGCCGGUCAGUGGGGUUCCAUAUGUGAUGACCAAUGGGACGACAGUGAUGCAGAAGUGGUGUGUCGACAGUUGGGGCUGAGCGGUGCAGCAAGGGCCUGGGGCCAGGCACAUUUUGGCAAGGGUUCAGGUCACGUGUUGCUGGACGAGGUGCGUUGCACGGGCAAUGAGCUCACUCUGGAGCAGUGUCCAAAAAGUGCCUGGGGGGAACACAACUGUCUGCACUCUGAAGAUGCAGGAGUGUCCUGCAACCCUCUCACAGAUGGUUCUGUAAGGUUGUUAGGGGGCACGAGCAGAUACGAGGGGCGCUUAGAAGUCUUUUACCGUGGUCACUGGGGAACCGUGUGUGACGAUGGCUGGACAGACUCAAACACGCAGGUCGUUUGUCGACAACUUGGUUACAGGUUAGGUGAGACUCUCCUCUCCAAAGGACUGGACAUCAAACCAGUCCCACGCUUCGGGGUCGGGUCGGGUCCCAUUCUUUUGGACGACGUGAGCUGCACGGGGAAAGAGCCCGGCCUGCUCCUGUGCAACAGGAAGGAGUGGCUCCGUCACGAUUGCACACACCAUGAAGACGUUAACGUCAAAUGCAACCCUGAUCGCAUCGGAGAGAGUCUUCCAACAAGUGUGCCGAUGAGGCUUGUGGGAGGCGAGAGCCCGAGAGAAGGCAGAGUGGAGCUCUAUCUGUCUGGACAAUGGGGGACUGUGUGCGAUGACGGAUGGACUGAUCGUGACGCCGAGGUGGUGUGCCGACAGUUAGGAUACAGUGGCGUGGCAAAGGCCCGCGUGAUGGCGUACUUCGGGGAAGGGACAGGGCCCAUCCACGUGGACAAUGUGAAGUGCAGCGGCGAGGAGCGUUCGAUAGCAGAUUGCAUCAAACAGCCACCCGGAACACACAACUGUCGCCAUAGUGAGGACGCCGGAGUCAUCUGUGACUAUGGGGAAUUGCAGACCAGCUACAAAGAGGUCAAAGAUCCUGUCAACUCAAUUUGUGGUCUGCGGCUCAUACACACUCGCCAGCGGCGAAUCAUAGGAGGAGAAAACUCUCUGAGGGGUGGCUGGCCGUGGCAGGCUGCGGUUCGACUGCGAGGAUCUCGAGGGGACGGGAGGUUGGUGUGCGGAGCGACUGUCAUUGAUACCUGCUGGGUCCUCACCUCGGCUCACUGCUUCAAAAGGUAUGGAAACAGCACCAAGCAGUAUAAAGUUAGAGUGGGUGACUACCACACCCUCGUCCUUGAGGAAUACGAAGAGGAGUACGGCGUCGAUCAGAUUGUCUUGCACCCCAGCUACCAGUCCCAUAGCAACGAUUACGACCUGGCCUUGAUCCGCCUGUCACCGGGGGCAGUGGGCCAGACGCUGGGAGAGUGUGUGUCAUUCAGCCGUCAUGUUCUUCCCGUCUGCCUGCCCGCAAGGAAAGAGAGAGUGCUCAAACAAGCCAGCAACUGUCACAUUACCGGCUGGGGUGACACUGGCCGCUCGUACUCAAAGACCCUACAACAGGCACCCCUCUCCUUGCUCCCCCGUCGUCACUGCCAGCAACAUUUCCACAGCGCCUUCACAAGCCGCAUGCUCUGCGCCGGGAGCAUCCAGUCAGAGAGGCGUGUGGACAGUUGCCGUGGUGAUAGCGGAGGUCCGCUGGUGUGUGAGCGUCCGGGAGGGGGUUGGGUGGUUUACGGGGUCACGUCUUGGGGCCACGCCUGCAGGACACAAAGGUCUCCCGGCGUCUACACGAAAGUCUCUGCUUUCAGCCCCUGGAUACGCAAGGUGAUUGGACGUGAUGAUGGAAAAGAGAAAAAAACUCUGAAGAAAAUUGGAGACAAUUAAAUGCAUGAUCGGAGAGACUGUCAUGACUUACCUGGUUAACUGGUUAGGUGAAAACUAGUACAACAAGAGACGUUAGGAUUAAAUUAUGUGUUUCUGUUUAUAAAUAAUUAUACAGUCACUUGUUUUAUCAUGAUUGAGAAUCAGAGAGCACAAAGCAACGCUGGACUUUUUCCAAAAAUAUUUUAUAUUGGAGAGUAAGUCCUUUCACUCUUUUACUAAUCUUAGUCCUGAGCACUUAUUUUAAUGAUUUAAUGUUCUUUUGAGCUGCAAGAAUUUAAAUAGAGUUAAAUGUCUACUCAAGAAAACGGCACAAAUGUGUGACAAAAAUUUAUUUUUGUUUUGUCUGACAUUGAACAAUACACUAAAUUGUGUUUUUUUCACAAUAAUUAUUUUGUUUUAUUUGAUUGUUUUUGCUAUAAAAUUAUAAUAUACUUUAUGAUGUAAAAUAUGUGUUUAAAAUGUUUUUAAAAAAGGGACCAGAAAAAAAAGUAUACAUUCAUGCAGUCAGGGCCUUUGUGUCAUAAUGACGAUCGCCAACGUUUGACCACUGUGCUCAUUGUUUUGCUCUGUAAAAAGCUGAUUUUACAUCCGUGUAAUUAAUGUGUAAGCCGUAUUCAUAAGGCAUCAAGCCAGUCAUAAUAAGUCAGUAUUUGUCCUCGAACCUUUUUUCUGUGCUGCUUGACAUUUGCAGAGAAAGGGAGGGACUACAUUCUAAAGACUAAGGGCGUCAUGUACAACGCUUUUGUGCCCACUUCAGACGUACUUGUUCCGCAACGUGGGCGUAGAAAGCACGGCGAGGUCUGCACAAACCGCACUGAGAUAAAAGCGCAGACUGCCUGUCACGGGAACUGAAAAAGUAAAAUUGCGCUUUUCAGUGUCACACGUGUGCAUUUACGGGAGGGGAAUUAGGAAUUUCCCCAACAGAGAUGGGAGGGGAUGCGUAAUGUGCGCCUAAUUAUAGAUUCCGCGGUAUGUAUAGAAACCGCCCGUGAAAGGCGCGCCUUCUUUGUGAGGUAAAAUUUUUUUACCUCCAAAAGCAGGUUUAAACUGGAAUGGGUGUUUCCUCACAUAUGCCUCCUGGUGAAAUGGCAGCAUUAAUCCUAGCUAGAAGGCGACAGGGCCGAGGUGACGAGCUGAAAGGGUUUUCACCACAAGGAUCACACUUUUUCAGUUGAGUGAACACCAGAUCAUUACGCGUUACAGAUAAAGCAGCCAUGCAUUUCUGCCGCACCAUGUAACAGUUAGUGGAAGAAAUAAAAAAAGGACGUCGCAUCUCUGACUCAGCGUUCACACUUCAUUCCAGCAGUCGCUCCACGCUACAUUACAGUUACAGUCAUAACAUCAACAGUGGGAAUAUCUGCACAAUCAACGUGCAUGAGGACCUAAGUCUCUGAAUCACAGCACAUGGCAGCCUUUUCCUGUUUUCAUUUGUUAUAUUGGUACAGUUGAUUUGUGUACUUAUGUAAAAGUCCCAGAUUUGACAACACUGAAUGAAGACAAUCAGGUACACUUGAAAAAACUACAAUGCCUUCUUAUUCGAUGUUUACUGACGUUAUUGUUUCAUGUACUGUAACAUUUGUCCCCAUAAAUAUUUUUUACAUUUUUUA